CAAGCCCCUCCGAUACCUCUUCGUUGGAACCUUCUACUGUUCUUGCAUGCUUUCGGCAUGACCUCGUCACCUUCAUUUCCCAACUUCCCGGACAAGCCCUCUCCUUCACAAUUACCUCUCCCUUCGACUCUCACUGCGAUUGCUUCCAACAGUCCUUCAGGACAUGGCCCACAAGCCAGCUACGGUACACGAAGCAACGGAACAAGCUCGCCCCUUUCUUCACCGCGUGUAGAGCCUUCCCGCUCUCCCACCGUGCCGACUUUCGCGUCCCAAUACCAUUAUAAUAGCACCACGCACGCUGGUGGCAUCCAACCAUCUGCCUCUUUCUUUCGGCCGUCGCGUCCCAACCAUCAGUACAGACAGCCAUCCGUAGAGUCUUCCUCAGCACUUCCAGGCGAUGGAGAUGUCUACAACCUUACGUCACUUACUAAACGACUGUCCAGCGAUUCAGACGAGCACACGGGAAGCAUCGCUGGUGGAACGACUGAAGAAGAUCAUAAAGGGUCGAGGGCGGUACGCGAUCCCCCGCUAACUAUCAAUACUCGACCUGCGUUAUCUCCUCGCCCGAGCGGAAACAGCGAAAAUGCUGGCCCCGCCCCUCGCAGUGCCACUGGUCGAUUGAUCCGCCACAGUCUUGAGCGCGUUUUCAGUCUGCGACGAGGGAUGAGUGUGGAGUCGAUACACCAAGGUGUUGGGAUGGGGUCGACGUUUGAAGGGCGUUCGCCCCAUGAUGGCAAAGCCCGCGACGAAGACGUGGGGAUGGGUCUAUACGACAUUCCCUCUGCCUCUCCGUACAAGACGUCGAUGGCGCCUACGGACUUCCCCUCCGAGGCUCUCCACAGCCCUCUCGACUCACCUGUACCGUCAUUUGGGUUUGCGCCUCGAGGGAUUCACGAUGGACCAUCACUGGAGGCACUGCCCGACAUUGAUCCAGACACCAAGAAGCCUUUCCGAAACUAUCAGCUGCAUCCUUCACGAAAUCGGUUUUUCUUGAAUGGGCACGUGCUUUCGGGGGGCGACUCGCCCUACGCUUUUAUUGGAUCUCUGACGUUGUUGUUUACUAUCGCCGGUGUCUGGUUUGGGACGACGGGACCAUGGUGGUGGCACAACUUGAGCCCUGCUGCGGCCAUUGUAUGCGGAUACAUGACCCUGAUCACGAUAUCGAGCAUGCUAGCUACUGCUUUCCGAGACCCAGGAAUCCUUCCCCGGGGUUUGGACCCAGAUCCUCCGUAUCCAGCCACAUCACCAUCAGACGGAAGUAGGAGAGCGCCUAUGCCUAGAGACCUCAAGGUUCGGUCUGACGUCGUGAGAGUCAAGUAUUGUCCAACGUGUAAAACAUAUCGCCCCCCUCGAUCCAGCCACUGCAAAAUGUGCGAUAACUGUGUGGAUGACUGCGAUCACCACUGCCCGUGGGUUAAUAACUGCGUGGGGCGCCGCAAUUACACCUGCUUCUUUGUUCUGCUUGUCUCCGCCACCCUGACCGUCAUUCUCGUUCUCUGCACUUCCGCGAUCCACCUGUAUCUUCUGACACGGAGAAAUCACGAGACAUUCAGGCAGGCCCUCGGCGAUCACGGUGGAAAGGGGUGGGGGAGCGUCAUUGUCUUCAUCCUGUCUGUGGCGGUUGUUUGGCCCGUGUCCGCUCUGAUGUUGUACCACGUCCGACUACUUCUGUUAAACAUCACCACCAUCGAGCAGAUCCGCAACCAAGCGCACAAAAGCCUUGUGCCUGGACCAGCUCCUCCCAAUCCAUUUUCACACGGCUCGUGGCGCCGCAAUCUUGCGGCUGUGUUGUGUCGCCCCGUGGGCUUUUCGUGGCUGGAUUUUGCGAGUCCAGCGACUCGGGACGGACGACAGGUGAAUCCGGGGUGAUGCAAACUCGUUGAGUAAUACAUCUGUCUUGAUCUAGUCUAAAUUAUACAACAUCUGCAUAUAUCUCCGGGUUGUCCACGUAAGUAGGAGUCUACAGAGUAGAUGGAAAAAGACUUCAUCAGCCAUCACAUCACAAUUGCAUUCAGUCCCUGGCCUCGAGGCAUUGCUGAGACAUAGACUGUCCCAAAUGACCCCGUCCCCUGCCAAGUUCAUACAUACUGCCCGUGGUUGGGCUCCAAGAUGCACGUAAACUAUAUCCUAAGAUUCGAAACCCGGGCGAGUUUUUUUCGCCCGGAGGGCCGCCAGUCAGCAACCUGAUCAAAUGAAUAUGUCCGCGCUUGGUCCGUGAGAUUCGGCCGAGGAUCUACCGUGACGUCAUGAUGUUGAAUUGGAGCUCGGCGGAACAUUCGCGCUUUCAAGUCUGGCCUGACUGCACUAACUUGCAGGAUUGACUACGGCCAAGUAGCAUUCGAGCGGGUUCCCGUGCCAGCAUCUGCAUUUCAAAAAUAUCCACCUCAAUCUCGAUCUUCUACGUCAUCGAUCAUUGUGGCUCCACAUCCACGCGAAUGGAAGGAAAUCUGUCGAAAGAUCGGAGAUUCGGACAGAGAUCCGAAUCAGUUUUUUGAAUUGAUUUUGCGCGUUGAGCGGGGCUGAGUUUGAAUUCAAUGAUCCGUAGGUGCCGCAUCUUGUUUCCGCCCCCAAACGACCAAAGCGCCGAAAGGCUUGAGAUAAGAGCCGAGAAACCAUGUCAUCGCCACCUGCAGUCCCCGCUCCGGCACCUGCACCUCCAGAGGCUUCAACUGUGGCCGUCAAGCCGACGUCCAAAAAAUCUCGGCAACCCCGCAGGCAAGCAGCCGCCGCCGCCCCCGACGCUUCGCCGGCACCCCCUCCUCCCCCUCCGCAUCCCACGGCUCUCCCUUAUCCCCCAUACAUCAUGAACCCACCAUAUCCUCCCACCUUCUCGCCUCAACAAUAUGCAGCCGCCCCUCCGCCUCCAGGUGCCCCAGGUGCACCGCAAUACGCGUAUCCUGUCCAUCAUGCGCCUUACCCGCACUAUUACCCGCAGUACCCUCCGCAGGUCAUGAUGUAUGGGCCGCCCCCGCCUGCCCACCCACCCGCAGAACCAGCUGCGCUCGCGACCGCAGCGCAGGAUUCCGCCUCUGCUGCCGGACAAAAGCGGAAACGCAAACAGUCUCAACCAGCUGGUAAGGAUAAGGGAGGUUCUGACGAUGAUGGGGAAUCGGCGGAUGCCGCCUCGCCUAGCCAAUCACGCGCUGCGGCAGCCGCUCUUGAACUCAAGAAGCGCACCAAGACUCAGCGUGCUUGUGACUCGUGUCGGUCGCGGAAGAUUCGCUGCGACAUCAUCACCGACUCUGAACCAGCGAGAUGUCAACACUGUCAGCAAUUCUGCUUUGAUUGCACCUUUUUUCUGCCGAUUGCGGAGACGCGAUUCCGCAAGAAAAAGUUUGUUGAGGAGGGCGAGAAGGAUGGUCAAGCUGGUCAAGCUGGUCAAGCUGCCAAGCCCUCAAAAUCUCUUUCCGGCGACAAGCAGCGUGAUAGUAGUGUUCUUGGGCCAACGUCCCCAGCUCAUCUGCUCCACUCUACGGCUUCGAUUUCAUCACGAAUCUACGAAGGUUACGACUCUCGUUAUCACCAUUCAUUCGAAGUCUCUCAGAAUGGCGACGGGCUCAUUCGCGUUGCCAAGCCUCUGAGCAGCGAACAGGAGACCUCGACGCCGCGGCCGAUAGACUACUCCAUCGAUCCGGCGAUGAUUGAGCAAUUGUUGAACUCCUAUUUCGCAGAUGUUCAACCUCUGCUCCCUAUCAUCACGAAGCCAGAAUUUCUUGCGCUCUCUUCGCCGCCGCCCAUCUUGCUUUGGUCUAUGUGUCUCGUUGCGGCCGCCAGGAGGGAAGUUCCUCAGGCGUUAUUUGAUUCUAUCCGUUGGGCAGUCAAUGGUGUGAUCAGGGGCGAAGACGUCUUGAGCACACCGACUAUGGCGAACGUGCAAGCGCUCCUCAUCUUGUCCAUGACCGGCGACUGCCACUCGCAGUUUGUUCCCACAGCGUUGUCUGCGAUGUGGGCAAGACUGGGUGCCGCCAUCCGCAUGGCGCAAGAUCUCGGACUUCAUCGCGCGGAGAUGGUCAAAGUUGACAUUGAGUUGCGCCGUCGAGUUUGGGGUGCGUGUUUGAUCAGCGACCGUUGGACGAGUUUGGUGUACGGUUUUCCGCAAAUGAUCGACGUGCAUGAUUGCGACGUGCGAUUGCCGUCGUCCGGAGAUUCCAAAGACAUAUACCUGGAUGAGCUCGUGCGACUGAGUGUUAUCGGGGGCCGAGUUGUCAAGACCAUUUACAGCCCGUCUGGUCUCACGCUGGUGACCGAUGAUGUGCUCCAUAAGCUACUUUCAGACAUCGAAAACUGGAAGGCCAACCUGCCUGAGAGCCUCAGAUUCAAGGGCCCCGAGACAAGCCAAAGCGGCGGUAUUCUGCACCUGCUAUACAUCUCAGUGUGCAUGAUCUUCUGGCGGGUGUUUAUGCGCAUCAGCUAUGCCUGCCCUGCCCAUCUCAAAUUCGGUCUGACCGUGCCGCAAUGGACUACAUUAGUUGCUCUCACUGGCGAAAGCAUUGAUUGGUUGGAUGCUCAUGAGCGCGUUUACGAUGUCUGGCUGCUGGUGGCCUAUGCUGCCACAUCAUGCGCUUUUGUGCAAUACCACACAUGGGUCCGGCGCCAAGACCCGGAGGCUGUUGCUCGGCUGAGGAAGCUCAGAGACUGUGUGCGAAGAUGGGAGGGGUCUCUUUCACCCGAUCAUAUGUCCGCCAGGCGCAAGACUGCCGAAAUUAUCACCCUGUUGUUUGAGGCUACUCAGGGUCCGCAAUUGCCGCUGGAAAUACCUGCGCUGAAUCCUACCGGGGGUGUCAAGGGCAAGCAGCCCCUUGCGCUCAAUUACAAGCCCGAUCCCACACGGCCGGGGGGCGGUGUAUUCAUCGCCCAAAGCGAUUCGCCUGGUCUGGAUGACUUGCCACAAGGCACCGUUGUCCGGGAAGGGGAAGCAGCUGUUUUGCUCGGCAGUCCGAGCACCGCUGGCGCUCCAUCGGGUAGCAUGGUCAACUUCACACCCUUACCCACGGGGCGUAAUCAUAUUAACGUCAACCCUGCGAUGAACAUGGGGCCGUCCGGUAACCAGCCGGUGCAGGUCAUGAACGCCCUCGACCAGCUUCCGCAGGCGGCAUCUAGUAAUUCGCUCGCCGAACUGGCCAUCACAGACACGACAUUCCUGGAGGGUAUACCCGGGGGCAUGUUUGAUUGGGCGUCGUAUCUGCUUGUGCUGAGUGGCAAAUCGGAGGCCGGACAGUGUUUGGACGCGUCGCGUACCGUGUACAAUGUCAAAGGAGUUACCGCCAUUCCGCUAGUCGAGCAUCGAGCUAGGAUCGCUCUGAACACUCUGGCAUCCCGAAAUACCCAUGCCGCGCGACCGUCGCUGAUAGCGCAGAGUAAGACUCUGGACUCGAUCGUCUCCGACAACGACACCGAGGUCGAGAGCAUCGCAUCGGAUACCGAGGUCCCCCGCUCACCGCCCCGCGUUCAGUUUUCUACGACGGACGAUGUGCACGUUAUGACCCCCAUCGAUUCCAGCUUCAGCCUCACCCCCAAAGACCAUUCGGCCCCCACUUCGCCCUUGUCCUCGACUUCCGAUUUGUCGUCCCUAGCAGACGAUCAGUCUGCCGUUUCUUCUCCGGUUGUCAAGACUCUUGCGUCUCGGCUAUCGUUCUGGAGUCGCUUGACGAAGCGCACUGCCACUGCACCUCCAACGCCUGAUGGCGCGACGCUUCCCGAGUCGGGAUCCUUGGACGAGGUCAUCGAUCUUCACAGAGAAGAACCGGCUGCUGCUAUCCACAAGCUUGUCGAAGCCGUGGCACCGGCUCCCUCGACGGCUGAAGAACGGCAUUCUGAACUCGAGGACAAGAUCGUGAAGGAAGUUGUGCGCGAGUUUUCCAAGGGGGGAAUGUACUUUGCGUACACUUUCGAUCUGACGCGAUCUCUGCAGCAGAAACAAGAGUUGGUUGCCCGUUCGCAGAAGAAGAACGCGCUACUGGCUGACCUGGACGCUCUCGAUUCUGCGGGGCCGGCUGAUUCCUCGAGUGACGGCACCGUCGAUGCCCUGGUUGAGCCGCACCCUACUCUGCCUCUUUGGCGCAGAGUGGAUCGACAGUUCUGGUGGAAUGAAUGGAUGUCAAAGCCGUUUGUGGAUGCAGGGGUUCAUCCGUUCGUUUUGCCAGUCAUGCAGGGAUAUUUUCAAAGCUCGACCUUCAACGUUCCCUCCGAGUCUGAGGAGGUGACGCCAGCGGAUUACACCAUCAUAUCGAGGCGGUCGAGAGAUAGAGCGGGGUUGCGCUAUCAGCGCCGGGGCAUCGACGAUGAUGCCCAUGUAGCCAACUUCGUUGAGACAGAGACUAUCCUUCGUCUUGAGCGCGAGGGUUCACCAAAUAUUUUCUCAUAUGUACAGCUCCGGGGCUCUAUCCCAUUAUUCUGGACCCAAACAGGACUUGCGCUGAAGCCUCCGCCUGUUCUGGCCACCGAUCGCACCCACGCCCAGAAUCUGGAUGCCAUCCGAAGGCAUUUCUUACGCACCAUCCCAAGAUACGGUCCUCAUACGGUCGUCAAUCUGGCUGAGCAGCACGGCAAGGAAGGGCAAGUGACUGGCGCUUACCGCGAUUACAUGGCCGAACUGGCUGAGAAGGAUGCUGUCUAUCAUGAAUAUGAUUUCCACCAGGAGACCAAAGGAAUGAAAUAUGAGAACAUCUCGCAAUUGAUUGACACGAUGGAGCGUACAUUCGAACAACAGGGAUAUCUCUGGAUCUCGGGAAAUUACACGAUGUCGUCUCAGAAAGGCAUUUACCGUGUCAACUGCAUCGACUGUCUCGACCGGACAAAUGUUGUCCAGUCUGCCUUCGCUCGCCAUGUGAUGAACAAUCAGCUCAGUGCUGUUGCGUUGACACAUCCGUCUUCGGACGGGCGUACCGAAGCAGAUAAUGUCUUCAAUGAUGUUUGGGCCAAUAACGGUGAUGCGAUCAGUCGCGCCUAUGCCGGCACCUCUGCCCUCAAAGGCGACUUUACAAGAACAGGCAAACGGGAUCUGAGUGGAAUGCUGAACGACGGUGUCAAUUCUCUCGCGAGAAUGUACACCUCGACAUUCAGCGAUUGGUUCUCCCAAGCUGUGAUUGACUUCACCCUUGGAAACCGGACGAUCUCGGUGUUUUCCGAGUUCCUCUUGAAGCUGCAAUCAACAGACCCUCGCGAUCUGAUUCGGUUGUCCAAGAUUAGAACAGAAGCCAUUGCUACUUCCGUAUCCCGUGUCUUGCAGGAUGGAGAGCGCUUGCUUUCGGGGUGGACUGUUUUUGGUCCCGAAGAGUUGAAUGCAAAGAUAGGGGACAAGUUUGAAGAGAAGGUCCUCCUCCUGACAGUUUCUGCAUUAUAUCAUCGUGGAGUUACGAUUAUACCUGGAGAAGGUGAAGAUGUAUACCCGGAUCCCGCUUGGAGACAUUACCCAGAUAUCAAAGGGGGCCUAUAUCUUGUCCCCCUCGAAGAGGCCAGUUGUGACCCCGACCAGAAUUCCGGAUUCGUCGUGUCCUGGACAACCCUGAAUGAGACGACCCGUGUCUCGAGCUACUCGAUCCGCAACACUCUGCAAGCCCUGUCUCGCUCCGAUUCGACCUUCAAGAGCAAGUCUUUGGCUGCGGCUGCAAGCAUUUCACGCAUUCCUUCCUCUUUGGGACGGGCUACUGGACCAGCGAGCAGCUCGAUGACCGCCCGGAUGAUGGGUCCGACAGUGCCCAUGACAAACAGUUUUGCUGCCUUCAAGACCCUGCCGAUUGAUCCGACGCGGAGUCGUCGAGACAGCAGCAUCAGUUCGCUGGGCGGGAGUGCUUAUCUGGACUCGAUUGACGAGCUGGGCAACGCCAGCUGUUGUCGAGAGGCUGCAGAUUUGAUGGUUGACGGCAUACGACGAGCCUGCGAGGAUAUCGGCAACGAUGCCGACCUGGUCGUUGACCAAGACGUGGUCAGCUUGUCCGAGGCUCAGCGGAUGACCAGCAUGUACGCAAAGAUGGAAUAUGGAGUGAAGAGACUGCUUUGGUUGGGUGGUUGAUUCUAUAACGUUAGCCGAACGUUCGGACCGGGGUCGUGCGACCAACAUUUUGUAAUACUCAUCGUCUCCGAGGACUCUGGGGAGCUUCAUGUACAUAUCAUCCUACAUGCAUUGUCUGCUGUCCUCGUUGCCAGGCUUCUGCAAAUCUCCAAUAAUCACCGGUGAUGAACCAUCAAAUCGCUUGGUCGUGACCACAUGCAGACGUUCGGUUGGCGUGACCAUUGUUUCUCUCAUGCACCCCCACCACUAGGCAGUCGCGCUGGACGUACCAUAUCUACCUCUUCUUUCUCUAACGCUCUUUUCUCAUUCCAAUGCUCAUGUCAACCCCCUCCCAACCCGCUGGGCGCAUAUCGCAGGUCCUCCCCAGCGUCAAAUGCUCCAAUUGCAAUCAGCCUGUCCCUCUCGCCGAGCUCGGAGAUCACAUCUGUGCUCCUGUCCCCCCGCUCCCCACUCCCAAUGCCUCAAAACGUCUGGUCUCAAUAUACCCAAGCCCUCCAUCUCUCCCGCAGCAGCAGCGUCGCUCCUACCGCAACGGUUGCAAGGUCUUGUUAACAACAAUAACAAUAACGCGCCCGGUGCUCCCCGGGAUCCCUCCCCCUCGCAGUUCCGCGGCCAUCCCCCCGGCUCGAACAGCGUCCCCCCAGCCCACGUUAAGGACAGCGUCUCCCCAGCCCUCCAUACGGGCAGCAUCUCCGGCACUGUCCCAACGCCCAAUCCCUUCCAGAGUCAACACGGGAGGUGCACCGUCGUCGUUCGCCGCUCCUCCGCGCUCGAGCCCGUUAUCGCGCAUGGACCAGCCUGCAUCGCCUGUGUCCGGUCUGUCGGCCGGCGUUACGCGUGCGAGAUCGGGAUCAUCGAGUGUUGGCGUUUCCCCCGUUUCUCCCGUCACGGCCCGACCUUCCUUCUCAUCUACACGUGAAACGCCGGCGGUGCAGCAACAGCCGCCCGCGGGGGUAGCCAAGCCCUCGUUAAUCAACACGCAAUCCGGCGGGGAAGCGGGAAUGGCCGGGGUGGGCCGCAGAGGAUUCGCUGCUGCUGCGAGGGCUGCGAUGUUCACCGUUUCGCCGUCAGGGACCGGAGGAUCCACUGUACGCGCGAGUCCGCCUAGGAACAUCGACACCGGUGCUGCAAGCUCCACAUCUACGCCACCACUCUCGACCUCCACGGGAUCUUCUGGCUCGCCGGGAAUAGCGUCAUACCCGGAAUCGCCACAGUCCCCAGAGUUGUUCAGCAGACGUCGUUCGCCCUCCCCACCAUCACGAACUGGCGCCCGUGUGCAUCAGUCUUCGGCGUCCGUCUCAUCACGAAGCAGCAGGUAUUCGAAAAAGGAACACUUCCGUUCGGAGAGCUCUGGGUCUGCGUAUGGCUUGGCCUAUGCAGAUUCGACGGAUUAUGAAGACGGUGACGACGACGACGACGCGGCGGACCUGAGGCGAGCCAACGAACGCGUAGCGCCAGCGCGAGUGAAGAGCCCGCCUGCGCCCUCGAUACGAUCUGUGCAGUCCUCUGCACGCGGGAAUACUCGACCGCGGAAAGAUUCUCUCUCCGACAGCGGAUCGGAUUAUGGUGGAGAAGACAGCCCAGUCAAAUCUGCGCGUGCAGGAGACUCGUUUGAUCUCCCUCGAUCUUCGAGUGACAGCGCACGAGGCGGUCCUGAAAAGCCCUCGUCGCGCAGUAUUCAUAGUCGUGCCGACAGCAGGAGAGCGCUGAUAGUUCGUCUUCGCUGUGGCGACGUCCUGAGGAAUUGGCCAGUGUGCGCUCAAAGCCAACGAGCGAUAACGGGGCCUCGCAGCGAUCUCGAUCUCCCGAACAGUCCGCCGAGAAACCACAACGGACUGCACGCAAACCCAAGAUCUGUGUGCGCUGCGAGAAGAAGAUUGAGGACGGUAAAUGGGUGCAGAUGGACGAGGGCGGGGUUCUGUGUGAGAGAUGUUGGAAGAACAUGUAUCUGCCCAAGUGCCGGAGGUGCAAUCUGCCAAUCGAGAAACAGGCCGUAUCAUCCUCCGACGGACAGCUUAAAGGCAAAUACCACCGUGAAUGUUUUAAUUGCCAUGUUUGUCAUAAACCGUUCCCGGACAAGACGUUUUACGUUCACGAGCACAAGCCUAUGUGCAAGUAUCACUAUCACGAGGCCAACGAGUCUUUGUGCGCGGCAUCAAGCUGUGGACAGCCCAUCGAGGGCCCGUGCGCGGUUUCGCAUGCUGGAGACCGUUACCACCCUGACCACAUGCUGUGUGAAUAUGCUGCAGGCUGCAGGGAACGACUGGAUGAUUACUGGGAGGUUGACGGCCGCAUGUUGUGCGAACGGCACUCGAGAAGGGGAGGGGACGACGACGAGAAAUCGAGCUCCCGUGCGAUGAAGAGGAAGACCCGCUACAUUGAACUUGCGAAUGGGAGGUGAACCUGAUAAUAACCGCCAUUCUAGACGAUCCACCCCCUUAUGGACACAGCUGCUUUCUUUUUCUUGGGUUGGUUUCUAUCACUACUACUACUACUAUCUGUACACAGCAGCACUCGUUCCUGACUGCAUUGUACAUUAUCACAAUAUGCUAGUACCCGUUUAACAUCAACAGUUUGUUAAAUAUCAGUGCAGAAACUUCAUCACCUU